AUGGACGCCCAUUCCUUGGAAAUUGGGGAUAAGAAUGACGGCGAUGUUAUAUUACAGAUAAUUUGUGCCAACGGUGUUGAAUAUAAGGGUAAUCCUGUUUACUUACAUUCUCAUGUUUUGAGCAAAUCCAAAUUUUUUGAGGCCAGGCUCUCUGAGAGGUGGUCUUUACAUAUUUCUCCUCCUGAAAUAAAAAUAACUGUCAUUCCCAAUGGCCUUGCUGAGGAUUAUAUAAAGUGUAUUAGCUUCAUGUAUUCAUCUUACAAGGGGAGAGGCAUUCAUUUCUCUGGGGUAGAUGAAGCUCUGGAUAUUUUUCCCAUUGCUUCUGAAUUACUCUUUGAAGAAGGCACGCAGGCUUGCAUGCAUUAUCUGGAAGCAGUUCCGUGGACUCGGCAACAAUCAAUCAAGAUCAACUCUUUACUAUCACUUUUGCAAGUAAGUGAUUCUGCCGAUUUAUCUGCAAGACUUGAAAUUUCCAACUCUUUUACUACUGAAAAGAUAGAGCUCUUCAAGAAGAAAUUGCCACAAAUGUUAUCUGAUAUAGGGAAAAAUUCAAUACCCCUUUCUAUGUCUCGGCUUAUCAUGGAGCAACAACUCAGUAAAAUUUUUCAAGGCAAUGCAUUUCCUCCUAUGCAAGAAGUAUGUAGAGACGCAAUUAUAAAUGAAUUUAGUCUCAAAAUUGAGGGUAUUAAAAAAUCUCAAGAAUUUGACAUUGCUGGUGACUGUAAUCAUCUGUUGUGGCUAGUAGACAUUACUAAGCUUUGCAAUAUUGAAAUAUUUAAAACUGCAUUCAAAAUGUUUGUGGAAGACUUACAAUUAGGUGACAUAUUGCUUCACAAAGGUGAAUUUCUCUAUUCCGACCGAGCUCGUUCCCAAUCAUUCUCAAAUUAUCUACUACAAAUUUUAGUGGACAGAUUUUUAAAGGGUUUGGCAAAUGGUGAUAUAAUUGUUCCAAAGUCUUCGAAUUUCUUUUCUGAGAAUAUGGGUACCAGUUAUGGCAUUUCAGAUUUGUAA